AUGCAGCUACUGACCUACGGGCAGACCAUAUGGGACGUGCUCGAUGACCUCGACUCGGAGGGGUACUUUGAUACCACGGAAGACGCCAUUCGGUUCGCCGACCAGGUCAAAGCGGAAAUCAGACACAAACUCGCCCUCCCCCUUCCAUCCCUUCCAGCGGCCCGCUCGCCCCCUCUCUUCCUUCCAGACGUCUCGACCGAAGCUGGCCCGUCAGCUAGAUGCGCCAGCCCUACCUCGUACGACUUUGACGCCCCGACUAUCAGUACACCUGGGGACCGCUCGGCCGUGAUCCGUCCCCCUCCUCCUGCUCCUCCCACCGUUCGAGCGUCCCCUCGUCGGCUCAUCUCCACCUUCGCUCCAGAGGUCGCGUCGCCGAUCGAUACGCCGACCACCAGGAACACCCCCUCGCGGUCAUCUUCGAUUGGCGAGGGACAGGGGAAACGGGAUGACCCCGCUACGCCCGUACCCCUCGGCGAAGCAACCUUUGCCAAGCUACGCCGGAGAAAGGACUUCAUCGCCGUCUCGGGGCACUUCGCAGCCUUCACGGAAGGGCUGAUGAAGAGCAAGGAGCCCAUUGCGCAGAAGGGCGCGAAAGGGCGGAAGGGCAAGCAGCCGGAACGGGACGCGACGCCAGGCGGGAUACUGGACGGCUGUAUAAUCUGCCUACCCAUCGAGAAGGGGCCGGUACCGGUGUCUAAGCACAAGCUGUUCAAGUUCAGAUGGGACUUGAUCGACCAAAUGGGCGGUCAAGUCGUCCUCCAGCCCAACACCGCUAUCACGCAUGUCAUAUAUGACGGGUCGUCGGCGUCCACACUGUGUCAGAUGCUCGGCAUCGACGCAUUGAGUGAUUUACCGGAGGGUACCGUAUGCGUCAGCUGGAACUGGAUUGGGAAGUGCAAGCUGGAGCGCACUCGCCUAGACCCAUCCACAUGGCUCGCCUUCAAGCAAUUCCCCUCUCGCCCCCCGGCGAAAUCCCGCACCUCCAGUAAGCUGAGGGAGGAGAUCACCGUGACUGAAACCGUGUCGCAUAGAAAACGCCGCGAGCACACUGCCUCCGACUCCGAGACCGAGUCCUCCAAGCGGCAGCGGCCAUACACCACUCGCUCUGCCCCAAACGUCAAGGCCUUCUUUGUCUCCUCCCCCGAACCAGAGUCUGAAACUCUCGGCGAGCGGAAGCGGCACUCCUCUCCCGCCAAAAUGACCUCGCCGGCCAAGGACAACAGGACAGUCCACGAUGCGCCGAGAGGGCCGGGGUGGAUCGAAGGGACCUCGGGAGACCGAGAUGGGCUGGACGACCUGAUCUCGGGGAUCCAAAGUGGGGAGGUGGAGGCUGAAGAUGAGGACCCGGUGGAGAUUGAGGGGAACCCGAAUCCUUGGGCCAACAAGUUUAAGUGCGGGCAGGCGCACGAUGGAACCGCGGCGGAAGGGCCGAACGAGUGGCUCGCGUCCAAGUUCGACGAGAUGUACAAUAUGUACACGGGUGCGAAGCACAAAAACCACUUUCAGCUCCGAGGAUAUAUGCUUGCUGCUGCUGCAAUCCGGCGGACUACUUGGCUCAUUAAGUCUGGCGAUGAGGCGGCCAAGAUCAAGGGAAUCGGAGAAGGCUUCAAGACUCGAAUCGAUGAGUUUCUGCAGGGUCGACCCGGCCGCCUGUUUUACGAUAUGGACGAGCAGAUGCAGGCGACCCAGGCAUUCGCCAAGAUCUACGGUGUUGGCAAGAACCUGGCCUACGACCUGUAUCAGAAAGGCGCUCGGACCAUUGCCGACCUCGGUGCUCCCUCAAACCCGUACAACCUCAGCGGAGGCCAACAGAUUGGUAUCCAGCUUUACGACGAUCUCAAUACCCGCAUCCCCCGCGCCGAAGGCAAGUCGAUACACGACCUCGUCCGAGCCGAAGCGAUCCGAAUUGAGCCUAAACUCUGGAUUGAGAUCAUGGGCUCCUACCGCCGCGGGCAAGAGAACAGCGGGGAUGUUGAUUUCCUGAUCACUCGUGAUCCGAGUGUCGAUGGGAUCACGCACGCUGGUGUACUGCGGAAGCUCGUACAGAACCUGAUGGAUCAGGGAUUCAUCACGCAUGAACUGAGCCAACCCCACGAUUGGUCAGAGCUGGAGGCAAAGUGGAUGGGGAUAUGCCGGCUCGAGAAUGGGUUAUACCGACGGAUAGACAUCCUCUGCAUACCAUUCGAGAGCUGGGGCGCCUCCCUCAUCUACUUUACCGGAAACGAUAUCUUUAACCGAUCCAUGAGACUCUAUGCCCGCAAGCAGGGUCUCUCGCUGAACCAGCGUGGCCUAUAUAAAGGCGUCAUCAGAGGCAAGGAUGGGUUGAAGAUGACGGAAGGCGAGAUUGUGGCAAGUCGGACGGAGCAGGAUAUCUUUGAAUACCUUGGGUUGCGGUGGCGGCCGCCUCAUCAGCGACGACCGUAG